AUGGCCACCACGAACGACUUCCCUGCCAGCGAUGUCAACAGCUAUGACUAUGUCAUUGUUGGAGGUGGCACAGCAGGCUGUGUCAUUGCCAGCCGAUUGGCCGAAUACUUACCCAACAAGCGCAUUUUGAUCAUCGAAGGUGGCCCCAGUGACUACAUGGACGACCGUGUUCUUAACCUGAGGGAGUGGCUCAACUUGCUCGGCGGCGAGUUGGACUACGACUACCCCACUACUGAACAGCCUAUGGGUAACAGCCAUAUCCGUCACUCCCGUGCCAAGGUGUUGGGUGGUUGCUCCAGCCACAACACCCUGAUCUCUUUCCGUCCCUUCGAAUACGACUGCAAGAGGUGGGAGCAGGCCGGCUGCACUGGCUGGUCCUUCGAGACAUUCACCCGCGUCCUUGAUAACCUGCGCAACACUAUCCAACCCGUUCACGGCCGUCACCGUAAUCAGCUGUGCAAGGAUUGGGUCCAGGCUUGCUCAAGCGCCAUGAACAUCCCCAUAAUCCCCGACUUCAACAAGGAGAUCCGUUCCAAGGGUGAACUGACCGAGGGUGUUGGUUUCUUCUCCGUUUCUUACAACCCCGAUGACGGCCGUCGCAGCAGCGCUAGUGUCGCUUACAUCCACCCUAUCCUCCGUGGCGAGGAGAAGCGUCCUAACCUGACGAUUCUCACCAACGCCUGGGUGUCCCGCGUCAAUAUCAGCGGAGACAUCGUGACUGGUGUCGAUGUGACCCUGCAGUCUGGUGAUAAGCAUACCCUGCGCGCCAAGAAGGAGACAAUUCUGUGCGCUGGCGCCGUCGACACUCCCAGACUGAUGAUGCUGUCUGGUCUGGGUCCUCGUGAGCAGCUGUCCUCGCUUGGAAUCCCCGUCGUGAGGGACAUCCCGGGUGUGGGUGAGAACCUUCUUGACCACCCUGAAAGUAUCAUCAUCUGGGAGCUCAACCGCCCUGUGCCCCCCAACCAGACCACCAUGGAUUCUGAUGCCGGUAUCUUUCUACGUCGUGAGCUUCCCAAUGCUCAUGGCUUCGAUGGCCGUGCCGCCGACAUCAUGAUGCACUGCUACCAGAUCCCUUUCUGCCUCAACACCGAGCGACUGGGAUACGACACCCCCGUCGAUGCCUUCUGCAUGACCCCCAACAUUCCUCGCCCCCGCUCUCGCGGCCGAAUUUACCUGACCUCGGCCGAUCCUAACGUCAAGCCGGCCCUGGACUUCCGUUACUUCACUGACCCGGAGGGCUACGACGCUGCCACUAUCGUUGCUGGUCUCAAAGCGGCUCGUGAGAUUGCUCAGCAGUCGCCUUUCAAGGAGUGGAUCAAGCGAGAGGUUGCCCCCGGUCCCAGCGUGCAGACUGAUGAAGAACUUUCGGAGUAUGGUCGUCGCGUGGCCCACACUGUCUACCACCCGGCUGGAACAACCAAGAUGGGCAACCUGACCCGUGACCCCAUGGCCGUCGUCGACCCCAAGCUGAAGGUCCGUGGCCUGAAAAAUGUCCGCAUCGCAGAUGCCGGUGUUUUCCCCGAAAUGCCCACUAUUAACCCCAUGUUGACUGUGUUGGCCAUUGGUGAGCGUGCCGCGGAGCUUAUUGCGGAAGAGGCUGGAUGGAAGCGUGAACAGCCCCGUCUGUGA